GCAGGACGGUGUGUUUUGAGCAACCUACAAAUCAAAGGAAGGGGCUCAGUUGAGUCGAUUGUGAUUUUGGGAAUCAUGAAGAAGCUUCCUUUCUUGCUUUUCAUCAUCCUUUCUUUUCUGCUCCUGUCUCCCAACGUUUUGCUGCAACACCAUGUGAUGGCUCUGCCACUUUACACUAAUUCGCGGUGGAUCGUCGACGGAGACGGGCACCGGGUGAAGCUGGCGUGCGUCAAUUGGGGGGCACACCUCGAAGCCAUGGUGCCCGACGGCCUGAGCAGGCGGUCGUUGGACAUGAUCUCGAAGGAGAUUAUAUCUUUGGGAUUCAACUGCGUUCAGCUCACGUGGCCACAGUUCAUGGUCAACGACGAGUCUUUGGCUUCGGUUACCGUCCGACAGUCGUUCAAGAACCUUGGUCUUCUUGAAUCCAUCGUCGGCAUCCAAGUCAACAAUCCGUCUCUGCUUGAUCUUCCCCUUGUUUCUGCUUACCAGGCCGUGGUAGAUAACCUUGCAGAGAAAAAUUUGAUGGUCAUAUUGGAUAAUCGCAUAAGCAAGCCGGGUUGGCAUCAUAGCAACUUCAACGGUGACAAGUACUUUGACACGGAUCUAUGGAUCAGAGGGCUAACUCGAACGGCAACCAUAUUCAAUCACACAAUCAAUGUUGUUGGCAUGAGCCUAAGCAAUGAGUUUGAAGGAAACAAGCAGAAUGUGAACAAUUGGUACAGGUACAUGCAGAAGGGUGCUGAAGCAGUGCAUGCAGCAAGUCCAAACGUUCUUGUUAUACUUUAUGAGCUGAAUUAUGAUGAAGACUUUGCUUUCUUUGCCAAGCAGCCAAUGAACCUACCAUUUACAAGGAAGCUAGUGUUUGGGGUUCACUGGUCCGGAUUUUCGGAUGAAAAGGCCUGGGAGACAGGCGACCUGAACCAGCUCUGUGGAAAUGUGGUUGAUAAACUGAUGAUGGAAGGACAGUUUGUGUUGGGCGAAGGGUGGCCAUUGUUUCUCAGUGAUUUUAGGCCAGAUCUGAGAGGCGGCAACGUAAAUGACAUUAGGUUCUUGAAUUGCUUAUUAGGUGUUGCAGCUGAAAAGGACUUGGAUUGGGCUCUGGGAACAGGUAUAGAUGAGGCUUAUGGGCUCUUGAACUCAGAGUGGUUUGGGACUGGCAAUGCAAGUCCCAUGAAGAGGGUAUCUCUACUCCAGUCUCCCUUCCUAGAUGCAGGUCCUGAUGAUCUUUUAAAUGUAAGGCCACAUGAGAUGAUUUUCCAUCCAUCAACCGGCCUUUGUGUUUUGAGAAAGUCUGUAAUAGAGCCACUGAAGCUGGGGUCUUGUGUGGAAUCCGAGUCAUGGGCCUAUACACCCCAAAAGACUUUAGUGGUGAAGGGAACAUAUUUUUGCUUACAAGCCGAUGGGGUGGGGAAGCCAGCCAAGCUUGGAAUCAUCUGCAACGAUCCUGGUUCAAAAUGGGAUUUAAUAUCAGAUACCAAGAUGCAUCUUUCAUCCAAACUUGCUGAUGGAAGCAGUGUGUGCUUAGAUGUUGACUCCAGCAACUCCAUCAUCACUAAUCCAUGCAAAUGCUCGAGUGGUGCGCCUAACUGUGACCCUACAAGUCAAUGGUUCAAAAUCGUUACCACCACAACAAGUUCAACCACUGCAAAACACCCCAAUGGAAACCAAGAAGAAUAUUAUUAUGAACCAACUAAUUAAUUGUGAGAGACCGAUUUCAAUUUUAGAGUACAUGUUGGGAGAGGGAAGGAGCACCCAAUAUAUUAUAAUAAACCAGUCAAAAAUGUUAGGUAUGAUCAUUUGGAGAAACUUGACUAAUUAUAUGCUUGCAUAAGAAUGUCAAUGUAAGGGUGUAAAUUGUAUAUAUGUUGUAUUGUAUAUUAGAUCGAUUAUUAGUACCCAAAUGUUGUUGUAAAAAGGAUUAAAAGAUUAAAUGGUAACUAUGAGCUUAGGGCUCUUUAAUA